UUGCUGUACAAUGUCUUCGUUAUCCGUCUGGAAGAUAUAGCCUAUGAAUUUGUUGGGGUUAAUAGACUAGUAAUCACUCACGGAUAAAGUUAAAUCACUUCAAAAUUUGUUUAGAUUAUAGUAAUAGCUACUACUAAAACCAAUCACUUCAAACUAACUCCCACCAUCGCAUUAAAAUGCCCAACCUUCUUUCCUAGAUUCUCUCUCGCUUUUUAACCGCUCGGUUUCCUAAGCCUCCUCUGACUCAGGGCCUGUCCCCUACUGGCUGGUGAACCCCUCUGCUGUCAGAGGCCAAAGACUCGCGACACAAAUUUUGCUGUUCAAAGGAUUUCAAAUCAACACCGCACUGAUUCACGAGAAAGGAGAGUAGCUAUAAUUCAGAGAGGCCACACUUCCUUACUGUAGCCCCAUCCAGCAUGGCGGGAACUCUCUCCAUUCCUUAUCUCCUCAUUCUCUUACUCCUCUUCCUCGUCCAGCCAUCUCAACCCAUGAAUAACAUUGUCAUGGACGGCCUCGUCGAGCGGAAAGGCACCACCGUUCAUGUUGGAGACUCUCUAGUGUUCAAGCACAAACAUCACCUCCAGAAUUUAUACCUCUUCUACAACAGAAGGGCCUUCGAUCUCUGCAGCUUCUCCCAAGCUACACUCAUCUACGACGGCAGCAAGUCCACCCAUUUCACGUGGCAUCCUGCCCGCCCCGGUUAUUACUACUUCUCCACUCGGGACAGCUCUAGGAGGAGCUGCGAGUUGGGCGAGAAGAUACCCGUGAGGGUCAUAAACCCUGACCCCUCCCCGGGCCUCGCUCCAACACUCGUCGCCCCGCCGCCCACCGCCGGCGGGGAUUUUCCCUCCCACGGCUGGGCCAUCAGCUCCCCGCGUUCUACCCCCACCCCCGCGCCGGAGGCUGCUUCCUCUUCUUCUGGCCCGUUGGAGCCGAGCAACGGGCACGCUCCAUCGCCGACCUUCGGCGACGGGGGCUUUCCGUUCAUCAGUAGCAAUCCGGCGGUUCCUCUUCCCACCGGAGGGACGGAUUCGGCAACCAUUCUUCCACUUCCCUCCCCAGGAGAUGGCAACCAG